AUGAAUUCAGUCUUAGCUAUAGAUGUUGUAUUUUUACUGCUAGCUACAUAUUUCUUUUAUUAAAUAUCAUACUCUUUUGUUGAUAUUACAUUAAAAUCUCCAUUAAACUAAAGAUAAUAGUCUUUUGUUUUCCCUCAAAACUUCACAACCUUACAAGAUCCUCUUUAUUCUAAGUUAAUCUUUGUCAUAUUAGAUGGUAUUACAUAUGAUUAUGUUGACAAUAGAAUCAAAGAAAUCCCUUACGUGAAAGAUGAUUGCGAUAUUCAUAUUCACUAGAUUAAUGUUUUUAAUGAACUCAUUAUAGAGAGUCCAUAAUCAGCUAUACUCUCAAGACUUGAGAUCGAACAACCACCAAAGACUGAAAUAAAAAUAUCUACAUAUUUAAAAGGUACAAAUCCAGUAGUUUUUUCUUUGAAGAUACCAGAAGCUAACCCUAACAAAAUCAACAUGCAAGAUUCAUUAAUUUACUAAAUUGGAUAGUCAGAUAAACUCAAGAAGAACUAUGGCUAUCUUACAUCAUACUUCUAUGAUUACAUAGGAUAUUACCUAAGUGAUAAUUAAUUUGCAAAUUUAGGUUUAAAGUACAGUGAAGAUUCUAAGAUUUAAGAAUACAUGGAAAUAAUAAAAUCAAAUAGUUAUGAUACCUUAUUUAUUUAUGAAGGAGCGUUUGAUGAAAUCUCUCAUUCAGAAGGUAUGCACACGUAAAAUGGGCUAGAAGCAUAAAAAAAAAUAGAUACACUGAUUAGAAAUGUAGUAAAAAAUAUGGAUGAAGAUGCCAUUAUGGUAUUAGUUAGCGAUCACGGAAAAUCAGAUAGAGGAGCUCACUUUAAUUGUAGAGAUGAAAAUAUCAAAAUAUGCAAUUCCGUUUUUUUUGCUUACACAAAAAAGGGUUUUAUUAAAGAUGAUUAAUUCAUUCAAAGCUUAAGAAGAAAAGAAACAGAUGAAAGAAUUUCAAAGCAAGCAGAGUAGUUUUCCGUUCAUGAAAGCAUGAUUUCAAGUACGAUUUCUAAUCUUCUAAAUAUUCCUGUUUCAUUUAUUAACUCUGGAAGAUCUUUGUUAGAAAUAUACCCAAAAGAUGCAACUUUAUAGCCACAUUUAAGAAACUAAAAGAAUAUAUGA